AUGCGCACCUCAACCGUCCUCACCCUCUUCUCCCUCAGCGCACUAUCUCUCAGCAAACCCCAAUACGUGGAUCAGCAAGCCGCCAACCCAGCCUACAUCGCCAGCUUUCCAUCCGACGACUGCACAGGCGUUCCCGGAGACGGCGGCAAAACCUUCAUCUUCGACGACACUAAACGCGGCAUAGGGUUCAAACCCACAGAAGGCUCGAAAUCGAUUGGUGUCAACCUCAACGGUGAGAUUGCAAGGGUCCGAUUCUUCGAAGCCGCCGACGACAAGGAUACGGGAUGCAGCAAGAAGAUCGGGACUUUUACGAGCAUUACUUAUGCGACCGACCCAGACUAUGCAAAGGAUCAGACGCAUCUUUCGAUUUGCUUGAAAGCGGAUAGUGAUCUUUAUAAGAGGAUUUGCGGGGUGCAGAAGGGCCAGAGUUCUGAUCAGCCCGCGGAGGUUGAGUUGAUUGGGAACGUGAUGUACGACGGCAUUGUGGAUCUGCGACAUAGGAGUGUUGAUGGUAGGGGUGGUUAUCGCGACCAAAAUGUUCUCAUUGCAAAGCUGGACUUUGUGUAG